AUGUCUUCUCAAUCUACCUUCUCCAUCUCCAAGCUCAAAAACCACCGCGUUCUCGUCAUUGGUGGAUCUUCCGGCAUUGGCUUCGGCGUCGCUGAAGCCUUGAUCGCCAAUGGUGUAUUCGUCAUAAUUUCUUCUUCAUCCGAGAGUCGAAUCUCAAGCGCUGUGAAGAAAUUGGAAGACAAAUACCCUACAUCUCGCGGCCAUAUUCAGGCCUUCGUCUGUGAUCUGAGCUCGCCAGAUACUGCCGAGUCUGAAGUCAAGAGGCUCUUCGAACAGGUGGCUGAAGGUGGCAAGCUCGACCAUAUUGUCUACACGGCCGGCGAUGCUAUGCUGAUUGGAAAUCUCGAGGGGUUUAGUUUAUCUCAGAUCUAUCAAGCCGGCAUGGUGCGCUUCUUCGGUCCCAUCCUUGUGGCUCAGCACCUCAAGACCGCUCUAAAAGAAGGGCCAGCAUCAUCAUUCACACUCACCACUGGCCUGGCCCCAAAGCGUCCACCAAAGGACUUUGCAAUAAUCUCCGCCUACCUGGCAGGUCUUGACGGAGUGGUCAGCGGCCUCGCGCGUGACCUGGCCCCUAUCCGGGUGAACCAGGUCAGUCUGGGCGCCAUCGACACAGAGCUGUGGGACCAUAUUCGGCAAGCGGGAGGUUUUGAGCAGUUCAGAGCUGAUUUUGAAGACCGCACGCUUACUAACUCGAUGGGAAAUGUGGAGGAUGUGGCGGAGAGUUAUUUGUAUUUGAUGAAGGAUAAGAAUGCUACGGGUAGUACCGUGCGUACUGAUGGAGGUCUUCUUCUUAUUUGA